AUGGAACAAAACUCUGAUCCGGAAGUGAGUGUGGAAUACUGUAACAAGUGUGGGUAUUUGAAUAAGUUUCAAGAAUUAGUUGAGCAUCUGGAGGAAAAGCAUCCUUCUCUAAAAGUAAUAGGAAGGGAAGGUCGUAGAGGUUCUUUUGAAGUUGCAGUAAACGGAACGGUGGUCCACUCAAAAUUGUCUACGUUGGCUUACCCAGAUUAUGAGGAUUUAUCAAAAAUAAUUUUAGAAACUAAAGAAGGAAAGAGCGUUCGAAAAUGCAAGGAACAGCCAAUAACUAGUUGCUCUUUGUCCUAG